AUGUAUAAUGUGGGUUGUUUCCUUGAUACAGCAACAACAUUAUUUUCAAUUUUUGAUGAUUUUAAUGUGCUUAAAUUACUGCUAUUCUUUUACGUCCAAAAUGAAUUGAAUAAUAGUGAUGUUAAUCAAAUAGAGACACAAUUAAAAUUAUUAGGCAUUCAAUGUGAAACGACACCUAGAAAUAAUUUAAUUACAAUUGGUUUAAUAGGACAUCCAAAUGUUGGAAAAAGUAGCUUUAUAAAUAGUUUUAUGGGUAAAACUGUUGUAAGCACUUCAAGAACUCCAGGCCAUACAAAACAUUUUCAAACCAUUCAUCUAUCUGCUAAUGUUAGAUUAUGUGAUUCUCCUGGAUUAGUUUUUCCAAGUCUAUUAUCAAAACAAAUCCAGAUUUUAUGUGGACUAUAUCCAAUUUCACAAGUUCAAGAACCUUAUAGUUCUAUUAAAUAUUUGGCAGAAAGAAUUCGCUUAGAGAAUAUAUUGAAAAUUCAACCCCCUGAAACAAAAAAUGAGUAUAAAUGGUCUGCAUGGGAUAUUUGUGAAGCAUUUGCUAUUAAACGAGGCUUCUAUAGUGGAAAAUCUGCAAGGCCAGAUUCUUAUCGUGCUGCAAAUGCAAUAUUGCGAUUGGUUAUCGAUGGUCGUAUUUUGCUUUCUUUUAAGCCUCCUGGUUUUUAUAACCUACAAAAAUAA